UCACCGCGUUAUCCUCAUUUCAAAUUGCACAACUUAACAUCAUCACAACAACAAGACAAGCAACCUUAACAUCUCAAUUUUUGCAAUCUUACGUCCAUACAAUAUUACUUUCAAUAAAUUUGUUCCUUCUCAUAACCUAUAUAGACUAUAUAGUCACUCCCAACUACCAAAACUCAUCUCCCAACAACCAAAACCUCAACUCCAAGAAAAAAAAGAGAGAAGAAGAAUGGCAUCUCCGAUCAAAACAAUAGUAAUUCUAGUCCAAGAAAACCGGUCAUUCGACCACAUGCUAGGAUGGAUGAAAACCCUAAACCCGGAAAUCAACGGCGUCACGGGCUCCGAAUCCAACCCGCUCCCCGGCUCCAACGGCCUCCUCUUCCGCGACGGGUCGGCCUACGUCAACCCGGACCCGGGCCACUCCAUCCAAGACGUCUACGAGCAAAUCUUCGGCGUCGAGUGGACCCCGGAGGCCGCCGCCUCAAACCCCGAACCCACCAUGACCGGCUUCGCCCAAAACGCCGAGCGCAAAGAGGCCGGCAUGUCCUCCACCGUCAUGAGCGGCUUCUCCCCGGACUCCGUCGCCGUCUACAAGGAGCUCAUCUCCGAGUUCGCCGUCUGCGACCGCUGGUUCGCCGCGGUCCCGGCCUCCACCCAGCCCAACCGCCUCUUCGUCCACUCCGCCACCUCCAGCGGCGCCUCCAGCAACGACACCAGCCAGCUCAUCGCCGGCUACCCGCAGAAAACCAUCUUCGAAUCCCUCCACGAAGAGGACCUCACCUUCGGAAUCUACUACCAAUAUCCACCAUCCACAUUGUUUUACAGAAAUUUAAGACAGCUCAAGUUCAUUUUCAACUUCCACCAGUUCGAUCUGUCGUUCAAGCGCCACUGCGAGGAGGGGACGCUGCCGAACUAUGUGGUGGUGGAGCAGCGCUUCUGGGACCUGGCGAUACUGCCCGGGAACGACGAUCAUCCGUCGCACGACGUCUACGAGGGCCAGAAGUUUGUGAAGGAGGUUUACGAGGCGCUGAGGGCUAGUCCGCAGUGGAAUGAGAUGCUGUUUGUGAUUAUUUAUGAUGAGCACGGUGGGUUUUACGACCACGUUCCGACUCCGGUCACCGGCGUUCCUAGCCCCGACGGCCUUGUGGGCCCCGAGCCGUACAAUUUCAAGUUCGACCGACUCGGGGUUAGGGUUCCGGCCAUUUUUAUAUCCCCGUGGAUCGAGAAAGGCACCGUUGUACAUGGGCCUUCAGGGCCAACAGCAACGUCAGAAUUCGAGCACUCGUCUAUACCGGCAACCGUUAAGAAGAUAUUCAAUCUAAAGGAGUUUUUGAGUAAACGAGACGAAUGGGCCGGCACUUUUGACGUAGCUUUGAACAGGAGCAGCCCUAGAACCGAUUGCCCCGUAACCUUAGGGGAGCCAUCGAAACUGCGGGAGGCAGGGGCGAACGAGGAGGCGAAACUAUGCGAUUUCCAAGAAGACCUGGUGCAGUUAGCUGCGGUUCUGUGCGGUGACAAGCGCAGCGACGAGGACUUCCCGCACGAGCAAAUCGAGGAAAUGACGGUGGCACAAGGAGCCGAGUAUGUGAAGACUGCCUUCGACAAAUUCCUGAACGAAUGCAACAAGGCCAGGGAGGAAGGCGCCGAUGGAUCCACCAUUUGCAUACCUAAAACCGGCGACGCCGCUGUCAAGCCGGCUGAUUCCAACUCCUUCGCCUCCAAAUUGAUCGAUUGCCUUGGUUGUGGUCGUGAUUGAUUCAAUGUUUUUGCGUGUGUUUUAAUACUCGUCGCUUUUUUUUUCAAAAAAAACUGGAUCCGUUAAUUCCUUGUUUUGUUUCGUUUGUGGCUGCUGUUCAAGUGUUUGAUGAUAGCGUUGUUAUCUUAUCGAAUUUGAUUCGUAAUUUUCUUUAUGUCAUAAGACAAAAGGUCACACCAUUUUGUGUUUUCUAUUUAUGUAUCUUGUUAGUGUCAAUAUAAAUUAAUAUGAUAAGGAGAAUUUAAUAUUUACCUAUACGGAA